AUGUUGCCAACAAUUAUGAGUUUUAUUUUACUUACCAUUUUCACUGCCUUUCCUACAUGCAAAGCCUAUCAAUUCAAAACCAAAACCUACAUUGUUCAAUUAACUUCACCUCAAGGCCAACAACUCUCUCUAGAUCAUCGACCACACGACCUUGAACAACGUUAUAACUUAUUUUUGUCAAAAAUCGGUAAUUAUAACACCACCUCAAAAUCAUGGAAACCAAUUAGGAUCAUUCAUGCAUACCACCAUGCUGUUACAGGAUUUGCUGCACAAAUGUCAACACAGCAAGCAAAUGCAAUCCAGAAUAUGAGAGGAGUUGUAUCUGUAAGUCCCGAAAGACACUUCCGGUUGCAUACAACUCAUUCAACGCAGUUUUUGGGAUUAACCCACAAUUCAGGUUUGUGGAAAGAUUCCAACCACGGGAAAGGAAUCAUAAUCGGGGUUCUAGACACCGGAACCACUCCUCAACAUCCAUCAUUCCAUGAUUUUGGUGUUCCCACUCCACCGGAAAGAUGGAAAGGAAGAUGUGAAGUCGGAGUUAAACAAUAUUGUAAUAACAAACUGAUCGGAAUGCGAAACUUUGUUAGCAGUACAAGUUCUCCGUUAGAUUCACUAGGCCAUGGGACUCACACUUCAAGUACUGCGGCAGGGAAUUUCGUAGAUAAUGCAAAUAUAUUUGGAAAUUUUAAUGGCACAGCCGCUGGGAUGGCGCCACUGGCACACUUGGCUAUGUAUAAAGUAUGCAAUCGGGAAUAUUGUUCUGAAAGCGACAGUAUAGCAGGGAUGGAUGCAGCUAUAGGAGAUGGUGUUGAUGUGCUUUCGAUAUCAUUUGGUGGAUCUUCUGUACCCUUCUAUCGAGAUUCUAUGGCAAUUAGCGCCUUCAAAGCAAUACAAAAAGGCAUCUUCGUGAGCUGUUCGGCAGGUAAUUCCGGGCCUUUUAAGGGAACACUGUCAAACACAGCCCCAUGGGUCCUUACAGUUGGAGCUAGCACCAUUGAUAGAAGAAUAAGGACGACAGUUUAUCUCGGAAACAAGAAAUUACUUCAUGGUGAAUCGUUAUACCAACCAAAGAGCUUCCAUCAAAAGCUCAUGCCUCUUGUUUACCCUGGUGGAAAUGUUGACAAGGGUAGGGUAGUGAAGGAUGCCGGAGGAGCUGCCAUGGUUCUUCGGAACGGAAAUGCUUGUCCGGAGACUACAGUACCAGAGGCUCACGUUCUUCCUGCAUCAAAUGUGGGUUAUACGGAAGGACUUGAGAUCAUAAAGUAUCUGAAUUCGACUUCAUCUCCUGUAGCAACUAUCCUUCAACAUGGAACUAUACUCGGUGUAAAAUCAGCUCCAGAGGUGGCUUGUUUCUCUUCAAGAGGCCCCCAAUCUCGCAAGCCCUGGAAUCCUGAAACCAGACAUCAUCGGACCCGGAGUUGA